GGGGGCCCCGGCCGCCGGCACUGCCGGCCCCGCCGCCGCCGCACGCGCCCCGCGCCCGCCGCACGCGCCCGCUGCAGCCGCUGCCGCGCCAUGCCCGCCGACACGGGCAUGGAGAAACCCACCGCCUCGCCCAUCGCGGGGGCGCCGGCCAGCGCCAGCCACACGCCAGACAAGCCGCGGAGUGCCAGCGAGCACCGGAAGGUAAAUGGCGGGUGCCGGUUGGGGCGCAGCAGCGGCGGUGCUGGAUGGCGGCGAGCCCGCGGCCGUGCUGAGUCCUCUAAGCCCAUCAUGGAGAAGCGGCGCCGGGCGCGGAUCAACGAGAGCCUGGGGCAGCUGAAGACGCUGAUACUGGACGCGCUGAAGAAGGAUAGCUCCCGGCACUCCAAGCUGGAGAAGGCGGACAUCCUGGAGAUGACUGUCAAGCACCUGCGGAACCUGCAGCGGGCUCAGAUGACCGCCGCGCUCAGCGCCGACCCCACCGUCCUCGGCAAGUACCGGGCUGGAUUCAACGAGUGCAUGAACGAGGUGACGCGGUUCCUGUCCACCUGCGAAGGGGUCAACACCGACGUGCGGACCCGCCUGCUCAGCCACCUCUCGGCUUGCCUGGGCCAGAUCGUGGCCAUGAACUACCCGCCGCCGCCGCCGUCCGGGCAGCCCGCCCACCUGGCCCAGCAGCCGCUGCACGUCCAGCUGCCCCCCGCCGCGGCCGGGGCCGUCCCGGUGCCCUGCAAGCUGAACCCUGCCGAAGCCCUUUCCCCCAAGGUCUACGGGGGUUUCCAGCUCGUCCCUGCUACCGAUGGCCAGUUCGCUUUCCUCAUCCCCAACCCGGCCUUUCCUCCCAGUUCCGGACCAGUUAUACCCCUGUACGCCAACGCCAACGUGCCGGUGUCCGCAGGCAGCGGCGCAGGGAACGCGGCCGCCACCCCGGCAGCAUCCCCGGUGCAGGGGCUGACAUCAUUUGGGGGCAGCAUUGUUCCAGCAUCCCAAGCGGGGAGUCCCAUCGCAGAGCGCAGUGAAUCGGUGUGGAGGCCUUGGUGACUUGCCUAUGAAGAUUUUUAUUUUUUUCCCCUCAUCCCGCCACCCCCCCCACCCCCACCCCCCUAAAAAAAACCACAAAAAAACCCCCACCAACCACCAACUGUUCCGUUGGCUCCGUUGUAUGGAGCCAUGUUACGUUUGGGUUUUUUUAAGCAGAUUUAAACAGAAAGGAAAAAAGGACCUUGCUAUGAACGUGCUAUUUAUUAUUUUCAGAAGUUGGGAUCUCGACUUGUAUUUUUACUCCUUUAAAAUGCCUUUAUUUGAGAUACUUUUUUAAAAAAAAUAAAUGAGAAAUAGUUUUGUAACAAAUAUUCAAAAGUAUAAUGCCAAAGUUGUUUGUAUCCUGUUUGUCUGUGUGUGUGUGUGCCUGUGUUGAAGACUUCCAAAAAGAAAAGGAAAAAAUUGCAGGUGUUUAAAUAAAUAAACUCUUCGAAAUAGA